CAACUUCUAGUAGAGUAGGAGAUAGUAGCUUAGUAUUUCAUUUCAUCUUUACUACUUAAAAGUAGUUACUAAUAAUAGUAAUCUUCAAAAAAAACACAAUAGACUAGCUAGCCAAGGAGACCUUCUAAUUCUAAGUACUUUACGAAAAAUAGAAAGUAAAAAGAUGAAGGUGAUGGUGGGUUUAGAUGAAAGUAAUGGUAGUUUGUAUGCUCUUGAAUGGGUUGUCUCCAAUAUUCUGAAACCUAAGCAAGACACAGAUCAUACUCUUCAUCAAAAUCAAGAUUUGUUGGUCUACUUGGUUCAUGUCAACAUUCCUUUUCAGACUUACGUCUAUCCUGCUGGACCUGUUGUGUAUACGACAAGUUCAGUGUUAGAGUCAGUUCGGCAGGCACAAGAUCAAAUAUCUGCCGGUAUUUUCGCUCGGGCUAUGGACACUUGCCACAAAAAUGAGAUCAAAGCUGAAGCAAUAAAUCUUCGAGGAGACCCCAAGGAAGAAAUUUGUCAAGCUGCUGACCAAAAACAAGUUGACCUUUUGGUUGUGGGUAGUCGCGGUCUUGGCAUGCUCAAAAGGGCUUUUUUAGGAAGCGUAAGUGAUUAUUGUGCGCAUCAUGUAAAAUGUCCAGUGUUGAUCGUAAAGCCGCCAAAGGAAUUGGCCGACAAACAAGAACUUGUUCAGAGAAAAGCUUAGGAGUUAUGAGAAGAAGAAAAACGCCAUACUUGUUGCAUGAUUGUAGAUCUGUAAUCGUUUAGAGACAACACAACUUUUCUGAGAUGUUGCAAUAUACUCUCUUUGUUUCUAUGAGUUAAUACCAUUUGAUUCAAAUACGUUUGAGCUUUUUGAUUCAAAUACGUGAGAGCUUUUUGAGUCAAAUGGUAUUAAUUCUGAAGGAUAGAGAGUAUGUGGGUGAUGUUUCACUCAAAUUGUUAAAUUACGUGUAGUGCAGUCAGCAGUGUGUAGUGUGUUGGAUAUCACACUGAAGGAUAGAGGGAUUAUGUCUUUCAAGGUUUUUAUAAUAAUAAAAUUUUAUGUAAA